AGCUUGGAAUGCUGGCAUCGAUCGAAUUAUCGGAGGCUUUUCUGCACAGUUGGAGUGCACCCAACUAGAUGCAAGGAGUUUGAAGAGAGUGGGGAUCCUAAAAAACAUUUUCAAGCUCUUUUGGCAUUGGUUAAGGAGGGAAUUCAAAAAGGGAAGGUGGUUGCAAUUGGUGAAUGUGGAUUGGAUUAUGACAGGCUUCACUUUUGCCCACCAGAAGUUCAAAAGAAGUAUUUUGAGAAGCAGUUUGAAUUAGCAUAUGCCACAAAGCUGCCCAUGUUUCUGCAUAUGCGUGCAGCUGCAGAAGAUUUCUGUGAAAUUAUGGAACGAAAUAUUAACAAGUUCAUUGGUGGGGUUACUCAUUCAUUUACCGGUAGUGCUGAAGACCGUGAUAAGCUUCUCCCAUUUCAUAACAUGUAUAUAGGUGUAAAUGGAUGCUCUCUGAAGAUGGCUGAAAAUCUUGAUGUUGUGAGGGGCAUACCUGUUGAAAGAAUGAUGAUUGAGACUGAUUCUCCAUAUUGUGAAAUCAAGAGUACUCAUGCUGGGAUUAAUUUUGUGAAAUCCUUAUGGCCUUCUAAGAAGAAAGAGAAGUAUGACAAAGAGUGUCUUGUUAAAGGGCAUAAUGAACCUUGUUUAGUGCUUGUUAAAGCAACAAUUGAAAGGUACAAAAAGGCUUCUGAUUCCUCCAAUACUGGGUCAGUUGCUGAAGUUAAUGCUCAGUUCUAUCAGCAAGAAGCUGAGAAACUCCGAAAUCAAAUCCGGAAUUUGCAGAAUACAAACAGGCACAUGCUGGGGGAGUCCGUAGGGGGAUUGCCUAUGAAAGAGCUUAAGAGCUUGGAGAGUCGUUUAGAAAAAGGAAUUAGCAGAAUCCGUUCCAAAAAGAAUGAGCUGUUGUUUGCUGAAAUAGAGUAUAUGCAGAAAAAGGUUAAAAUAGUGAAAUGCACUGUGAAUGAAGUACCGGUGGACAUCUCUUUCAAUCAAACGGCUGGUCUAUCUGCACUUUGCUUUCCGGAGAAGGUAUCAUCUACUCAUAUCCAACAUUGAUAUGUUUAGAAUCCGUUUCCAUUCCAAACAUUGUGGAUGUGGUAAUCAUAAUUCAUAUAAUUCACUUGAUGCAAAAGAUGAUUCAAAAGUAUAAUUCUAAAUGGUACAUUGUUUCAUUUUCUGGCAUUAAAUUCUAAAUGGGCAUAUAAUUCACUUGAUGCAAAA